AAGUAGUAUUUGUGCUAGCAGCGGCUAACUGGACGCUAGGAAACAGCUGGUUAGCAUUUAGCAUUUAGCCUCCUGCGCUGCCGUAAAAUGGCCGCAGGACCACAGCGUUAGUAUCAGUACUAAAGUAAACAAUAACGUAAACAAAGCGACGCGUUCAUGAAUUAAUUCAGCUUCUUUAACGAGCUAAUUAGCAGCUAACAGUUAGCUUAGCUCCUGACCACAACACGGAAUCCCUGCGUUUCUUCGCUCGUCCGCAGCCGCAAACUUUAACCUCAAAAAACGCACAUUUUCAAAGUGUGCAAAUGGAAACAAACGCACCGAAGAGACGAGACAACAAGAAGUCUCUGCGGGUGAAGGUGAUUAGCCUCGGGAACGCAGAAGUCGGGAAGAGCUGCAUCAUCAAGCGUUACUGUGAGAAGAGGUUCGUCCCAAAGUACCUGGCCACCAUCGGCAUUGACUACGGCGUCACCAAAGUGCAGGUACGAGACCGAGAAAUCAAGGUGAACAUCUUCGACAUGGCCGGACACCCCUUCUUCUACGAGGUGCGUAACGAGUUCUAUAAGGACAGUCAGGGGGUUCUCCUGGUGUACGACGUCGGCCUCAGAGAAAGUUUUGACGCUCUUGACUCCUGGCUGGGGGAGAUGAAACAGGAAAUGGGCUCGCAGGCCAACAUGGACAGUAUUGUGUUCGUCGUCUGCGCCAACAAGGUGGACCUGACGAAGCGGCGGGUGGUGGACGAGGGUGAAGGCCGGCUGUGGGCGGAGUCUAGAGGCUUCCAUUACUUCGAGACGUCGGCACAGAGCGGUGAGGGCAUCAACGAGAUGUUUCAGGCAUUCUUCUCCUCCAUCACUGAUAUGUGUGAAAACGGCGGGAAACGCCCGGCGACUGAAGUCAGUGUGGGCUUUACCAAGGAGCAGGCCGACACCAUCCGACGCAUCCGCAACAGCAAGGACUCCUGGGAUAUGUUGGGCGUGAAACCAGGCGCCACACGGGAGGAGGUGAACAAGGCGUACAGGAAGUUGGCGGUUCUGCUGCAUCCUGAUAAAUGCGUCGCUCCGGGCAGCGAGGACGCCUUCAAGGCCGUGGUGAACGCUAGAACGUCGCUGCUGAAGAACAUCAAAUAGACUGAACUGGACUCACUGCUGGUUGUUUGUUUGUUGUCUUGUGUGCCAUGUUGUUAUGCCAACCACCAGGUUAACCUGGUUAACCAGACUAACUCACCCAAUCUAACUUAUUUAUGUGGAGACGGACAGAAGCUGAGCAGGGACAAACCUCCCCUGAUGUUUUAGGUUUAAAUAUGUUUACUUUCGUUAAAUUUAAAAUUUUCAUCAUCAGAAAGGUUGAAAUGAAUAUUUCUGGUUGUGAUUCUGAUGUUGAAGUGGAGAAUCCAAACAUUUAAAGUUCUGUUCUGAGUUUUUGUUGCAUUAGAAGCGUGAUGAGGCGGUUAGUUUGGUUAAAUGUUUAUUUUUUUUAGUUCUGGAUGCAUUGGAACGUCUUUUAAAGCCAAAUCAGAACAAGUUAAAGUUAGAACAUGUUCUGGAUCCAGACCUGCCAAGAACCGAACCAGAACCAACAUAGAACCAGACUGGUUUAUUUAUGGACUUCUCUGGGUUUGUUCCCUGGAACGUAUUUAUUUAUUAUUAUUUAUUGUGUCAAACUGAUCAUGUAUGUUCGUUUAUUACACAUUUAAACUUGUUCCGUCUUUA